AUGGCCCCCGCUGCCGAGGACGUGCUCGGGGAGCUGUACGCGUGGGACUCAGUCAUCGAAGACGACUCGGCGCUCACGUCGGACGACCCGCAGCGAGACGAGGACAAGACCGAAGACGCGUACGAGCAGAUCAUCCACACGGCCAGUGGCGACGCGAGCGACGUGGUGCUCAGUCUCGCCGCGCAGCUGCUGCACAAGCACUUUUUCCGCUUCCCGCACGUGCAGAUCAACGUGGUGGACGUGCUGCUCAAGCUCUGCGGCCCCACGCGGUCGCAGGCCGUGCGGAUCCACACGCUGCGCGCGCUGCUGCAGAUUGCGAAGACACCGCCAGCAGCGGCUGCAGCGUCGACGCCCACGUCGGCCGCGUGCAUUGCGCGCAAGAACACGCUGCUGUGGAUGCAGAACAUCCACGACGCGGUGCAGCACAUGCUGGACACCGAGAAGUCGUCGGUGAUCCUGCGACAAGUGACGCCAUUGCGUCAGGCGCUUGAGGAGCGACUGCCAGCGGCGGCGUCUGACGGCCAAGAAGACAAGAGCCAAAUCAGCAGCACCCACGAUGCCGUGGAGACCAGUGUUGCGAGCGGAGUCAGCAGCAACACGUCGCCUCGGGAGUCGACGAAGCAGCCGCGGGACGAAGCAGAUGCAGACGACGGGACGGAGUCCACUUUACUGGACCAGCGGGAGUCGAAGAAAGCUAAACACGACGAUAAUGACGCAUCGGACGCUAUUGGGGUCACAGACAAUAGCAAGGAAGGAAAGAUCGUGCAGCUGAAUCGCGAAGCCAACAACAGCGACCCGUCGAUGGACUCGUGGAAGAAGACGUCGUCCGGCGGACGCCUGAUCGAGGGCCAAGGCAGGCGACCGAAGUUCAACGCGUAUUCUCCCCGCAAUUGCCCGCCGUGCCCUUACCUGUUUCUCGGAAGCGUGCCUCGUCAUACGCCGAAUGAAGAGAUUGUGGAGUACUUGUCACCCGUGUGGCCAUCAAUCGACGGCAUGAGUGUGCAAAUCAAACAGCCGGACCACAAUGCGACGGCCUAUGCGUUUGUGAGCAUGCCGUCCAUUGAACUUGCGCGCGAAGCGAUUCACUAUGUAGCUGCGAACAAGUUUCGCGGCCGGUCGUUUCUGAAUGCUAAUUUUGCUCGUGGCCCGCCGGUGGACACGGUGCUUUUUGUAGAGCGUACGGGUGACGAUGUGAGUAUGGAGGACAAGGACGCUGUUCGUGACUUUGACUUUUCCAAGUGCGACCCAGAGGUGUGGGACGUGCUGUGCCAGCAGCUGGAGAGCUUUGGUCCGUUGUCGUUUGCAGAGAACGGAUGUGUGCGUUUUCGCAGCUCAGAGCACGCCAAGGCAGCUAUCCGCAAACAGUUGUUCACGGUGAAGGGAUACGAGAUUUACCCGGUGUAUGACACGAAGGAGCAAUUUGCAAUUGAUUCUACGCGGCGUGGAUCCAACGCGCACAGUAAGCAAGGCUUUACUUUGAAGUCGGGAAGGCUUGUCGGAGGAGAUUCAGAUUACCGCGGCCGUAAGAACCACCACUUUAUGGAAGACGAUGAUGUUAUGAUUGAUCCGAGUAAACGACGUGAGCAUCGUCGAGUUGCCUCGUCCAAGUACGGUGAACGCGGUCACAGUCCUCCUCCAAGCGAUCGUAAGGGCGCACGUGUAGAAUCACGUUCCCGCUCACCAGAGCAUCGUGGCGGGGGUGGCGGUCGCUACGGUUUGUCGAUGAGCGGAUUGCCGAUGGAUUAUCGGCUGCCUCGCUCGCGUUCCCGGUCCCCAGUGCCCUUGUCGAAGAAGCAUAUGUUGCACGAUGACGGUGGGUACGGCAUGCCUCCCCACAAGAUAAAGCGCCGUGAGUCUCGUGGUAAGUAUGGCCGCCAUUCGCCUUCUCCCGCGGAUGUCAGAAGUCACGGAAGUCCGAUCUCUGCUGACGAAGUACGUGGACGACCUCGCGAGCGCGAGGGGCCCUGGCUGGACCCUCGGUACACCAAAACUUCACGUGACCGGCGUGGUCCCCGAGAGGUUGGUCGUGGGCGAGGCAAUUUCCGUGGCGCUUCGCCUUCGCCUUCCUCCUCUCCUAGACAUAGUCGAACGGAUGAUCGUGGAAAUCGGCGUGUGAGUGACUACAAAGGUGGAGGCGCUGUUGAAGGCGGACGUCAUACGCACCGACGUGCUGAUGCGCUACAGGAGGGUCGUGGUAGAGAGCAUCCACCCCCUGCUCUGUCUAGUGGCGUGCUAAACUUGCCACACGACCAUAGCGUCAGUCCACCACGGUUUGGGAAGUACGCGGCUGGAUCAUCGAAAAGCCGCCUCCGAUCACGUUCGCGAUCGCCUCAUGAAGAUGUGAGACUGGGGAUUGUCUCGAAUCCACGAUCCGGUGGACGCGACGAACGUUCCAUUGGAAAUCAGCUUUCGAACGAGCGCCGGCCUGCCCAGCCGGAACGUGCACGCUACGCGGACGAUCGCUCUAUUGCUGAAGUUGCCCGCGAUGAGCAGCAAGAGCGCCAGCGCUUUUUCCAACAGCAACAGCAAGGUCGCCGCGACUUCCAUGAUUCUGCUAUCAGCCGCUAUGGUACGGGCCGUGGAGGCGGCCGAGGUGGAGGUCGUGGUCGCGGCGACCGGUAUCAUGCGCAACAGGGUUACAAGGGCGGUCGAAUUGGGGCGAUGUACCGCCAUGACUUACCGCCGCCGAAGGGCCGUUCGCCUUCUCCCCUCGCGCCGCCUACUUUCCAUCGUUCAGUGUCUCCACCUCUCCGCGACUGUCGACGCUCGCCUUCCCCUGGCCAGCCUCCGCAACAGCAGCGUAAAGUGUACGGCCGCGAAUUCCGCGAUGAGUUUGUACCGCGCGACCGUAACUCUGCGUUCUUACCACCGCCGUCACCACUGCUCGAGAAUUCUUUCGUGCCGGGAUCUGUGGCCCUUUCUGACCGUGACGAGUUUGAUUUGGAGGCUGUCGACCGCAUGCAUCGUGCACCUAGUCGUUAUGAGCGACGCCAUCACCCGCACCGCGAUCGAAGUCGGGAGGACAAGGGUCACCGCAAUCACCGUGAUCUUCGAGAGAAGCGUUCGUCUCGGUCAGAGCGCUCAAUGGCUUCGUCUCCGGUAGGUCGGGAUCAUCCUUCUGUUUCCAGUGGGAGAAAGUCGAAUGGGCAUUCUCCGCGUCGUUCGUUUACCCGCCGCACUGAGAGUGACAAUCGUAUGGAGGAAGCUGUCGAAGAAGGCAAUCAGAAUCGGUCCAGCAAGAAAGACGAUGAGAUGCACCACCAUGAGAAAGAGGUGAAGAACAAAGGUGCGCGCUUGACGCGUGACGAAUUGUUCGCGGGCAUGGAUGACUUGACCGUGGACUAUGAGGAAGACGACGAGUAA